AUGCCAACGUUUUUUUUUCUUCAGGUGAGCGAGGGUCUUGCGGGAUAUCCGGACCUGAGUCAGAAGACGUACGAGCUGCGCACGCAAUUGGUGGAGGAGAAAGCGAUUGGCGCAGCAGGAGCCAUUGAAGGGGUAUUGGAGCUGCUGAAGGCCAACGAGAAGGCGCUCGAGUACUUCAAGGGAAGCAUCGUUGGAGUGCUGACGGGUCAACCGCUGCCGUUGCGUCCUCCCUUCUUUGGCGGUACGAUCCCUGAACCUGCUGCAGAGGCGGUAGUGGCGGAGGUGGAAGCUGUGGCGGCAGAGGCAGCGCCUAAGGGAGAAGCGAAGACGUCGACUAAGUCCACUGCCGCUUCAGAAGAGAAAUUGGCGCCGAUCUUUGCCAACCAACAGGGCUCUGCACGCAAACGCUCGUUGGAGAAGACAACAACGACAGUACAAGGAGCAGAAGGCAAGCGACCGAAGGCGGAGGAGAGCGAAAAGAACAAAAAGGACAUCGCGUCGCCUCCCCUAAGAGCAGCAUUGGCUGAGGAGACCAAGUAUGAGUCGGAGGAAGUCAAGAUCCGAGCCAUGAACCCAACGUACACGAUCCCAACGCAGUGGGAGUACUUGUACUUCAAGCAGGUGGAAGUAAUCAACAUAAGCAACCGCCUCGCUAAGGAAAGGAUCCAGGCCAAGCGCUUUGCAGGCGAACCAUUCUUGCUGGAAGGUCACACUGGCUGGCUGAAAUUUGCGGACGCGGCAUUCACGACGUGA